AUGGAAGGGUUCCUCUUGACCCUUGUGCACUGGGCACUUGGCUUCCCAUUGUCCGAGGCAGAAGUCUUCAUAUGGUUCCUGAUAGUUCUGGGAUGCUUGAUUUUAGCUGUCCUGACAACAUUCAAAGAAUAUGAAACGGCUUCGGGAAAUUGGCUGUUGCUGUUGGAAACCUUUGCUAUUUUCAUCUUUGGAGCAGAGUUUGCCUUAAGGAUUUGGGCCGCCGGCUGCUGUUGCCGAUACAAAGGAUGGCGAGGGAGGCUGAAGUUUGCCAGGAAGCCCCUGUGUAUGUUGGAUAUCUUCGUACUGAUCGCCUCUGUGCCAGUGGUGGCUGUUGGCAACCAAGGCAACGUCCUGGCUACUUCACUGAGAAGUCUCCGUUUCCUUCAGAUCCUGCGGAUGCUACGGAUGGACAGGAGGGGGGGCACCUGGAAGCUUCUGGGAUCGGCCAUUUGCGCACAUAGCAAAGAGCUCAUCACUGCCUGGUACAUCGGGUUCCUGACACUCAUCCUCUCUUCGUUCCUGGUUUACCUGGUGGAGAAGGAUGUGUUUCAAGAGGACGAGGAUGGGAAACAGACGAAAGAGUUUGAAACCUAUGCAGAUGCACUUUGGUGGGGAUUGAUAACCCUAGCAACCAUCGGCUAUGGUGACAAGACACCCAAAACGUGGGAGGGACGCCUGAUAGCUGCAACAUUCUCUCUCGUUGGAGUUUCAUUUUUUGCCCUCCCAGCCGGCAUUUUGGGCUCAGGGUUGGCUCUGAAGGUACAAGAGCAGCAUCGCCAGAAGCAUUUCGAGAAGAGAAGAAAGCCAGCAGCAGAACUCAUACAGGCUGCCUGGCGGUACUAUGCCACUAAUCCCAACAGGCUGGAUCUCGUGGCUACGUGGAGGUUUUAUGAAUCGGUGGUAUCAUUCCCAUAUUUCAGGAAGGAGCAAGUAGAUGGUACCAGUAAUGUCAUGUUUAGUAGGGAAGCGUUCUUUGGAUCAAGCGUCACCAGAAAACUUAGCCAAAAGCUGGGUCUCUUGGAUCGGGUUCGUGGUACCAAUACUAAAGGAAAGCUAUUUACCCCUCUGAAUGUAGAUGCAAUUGAAGAAAGUCCUUCUAAAGAACCUAAGAGUGUUACAGUCUUGAAUAAUAGAGAGCGUUUUCGCACUGCAUUCCGAAUGAAAGCUUACGCAUUCUGGCAAAGCUCAGAAGAUGCUGGAACCGGGGAGCCUCUGACAGAAGACAGAGGGUACAGCAAUGAAAUCCUCAUGGAAGAUAUGAUCCCCACGUUGAAGGUAGCCAUCCGAGCUGUCAGAAUACUACAGUUCCGCCUGUAUAAGAAGAGAUUCAAGGAAACUUUGAGGCCUUAUGAUGUAAAGGAUGUGAUAGAGCAAUAUUCAGCAGGACACCUUGAUAUGCUUUCCAGAAUCAAAUACCUUCAAGCGAGAAUAGACAUGAUUUUUGCGCCUGGACCUCCGUCUACUCCUAAGCAUAAGAAAUCCCAAAGGGGAGGAACGUUCUCAUACCCUUCACAACAGUCUCCAAGGAAUGAACCCUACAUAGCCAAAGCCUCCACGACAGAUCCUGAAGACCAAAGUAUGAUGGGCAAAUUUGUCAGAGUUGAAAGACAGGUCCAUGACAUGGGGAAGAAACUGGAUUUUUUAGUUGAUAUGCACAUGCAGCAUAUGGAGCAACUGCAGGUCCGAGUCAGUGAAGUGUGCCCUUCGAAAGAGAUGACAUCCCCCGCUGAAGAUAAUAGAUAUUCUGAACUCAAAUCCAUCAUCUACAAAUACUCUGAGCCUUCCAUUCGUGAGAUGCCUACAAGCUUCCACCAUGUCCCGGUGAACAAAGUUCCUCCCUUUGGAUUCUCAACCCAGGACCACAGUAACGGUCCGUUUUCAUUACCAUUGGGUAGUCAGAACUCGAGUCGGUGGCAGGGCAUGCCCUUUGCGACUUCGUAUGCGGAAAGGCCAACCGUUUUGCCUAUACUUACUUUCAUGGACCCUCCGCUGUCCUACCGGUCACCCACGGGAGACCUCCGGAGCCCACACUCCGACAGGAUCUCUUUGAGGCAGAAACACAGCGUGACAAGAGACAGCGAUACCCCGUUAUCCCUCCUCUCGGUCAACCCCGAGGAGCUUGAACGUUCACCAAGUGGAUUCAGCAUCUCGCAAGACAAAGAUGAUUUCCUUUUUGGACCAAACGGAGGGUCAAGUUGGAUGAAAGAAAAACGCUACUUAGCCGAGGGUGAAACGGACACCGAUAGCGAUCCGUUCACCCCCAGCGGUUCCAUGCCUUUGUCUUCAACGGGAGACGGGAUUUCCGAUUCCGUAUGGACCCCUUCCAACAACGGCGCCAACAUGUAA